UGAUGGAGAAGGUGAUGAUGUUGAUGAUGAUGGAGAAGAUGAAGGAACAAUUCCUGAUGAUCAAGAAGAUAUGGAAGAAGAUAUGGAAGUAAAAGACGAAGGAGAACCAGAAAUGGAAGAAGAAGAACAAAGUAUUGAACAGCCUGAAGAACAAGAUGUUCCACAUGUUGAUGAUGAAAUUGAUGAAGAGGAAGAAGUAGAAGAAUUAGAAGAACCUGAAACCCCUCCAAAACCAAAGAAAGAAAAAGGGAAAAAGCGCAAAACAAAAGGCGAUGGUGAACGAAAGAAAGGAAAGAAGAAGAAGAAAAAGAAAGUCAUGUCUGACAGUGCUGAGGAUAGUGACAGUAAUUUACUUGGAGUCCAUUCAGACAAUGAUAGUGAUUAUAUUGUGGAAAGUAGAAAGGCCAAGAAACCGAAAUUGGAAAAGCCUCAAAAAAGUUCUGCAGAAAUAUGUGAAGAAAUGGGAUUACAAGAUGUUGAAUUAGAAUACACUGAAGCAGACUAUCAGAAUCUUACAAAUUAUAAACUGUUUUCACAGCAUAUAAGACCAAUUAUUGCUAAAGCUAAUCCAAAAAUAGCAAUUUCUAAAAUGGUUACUUUAAUAUCAGCAAAAUGGAGAGAAUUUCUUGAUAAUAAUCCAAAUCGCGAGGCAAUUCAAGAAGAGGAGGAAAAAAUGACAACUACCAAAACUAAAUCAAAAGAAGAUGAACGUGGUAUGAAAAGUAAAAAGUCAAAAGGAAAGAAAUCAGUACCACUAUUAAAGAUUAAGAUUGGUGGUUUUGGUAAAAGAAAGAAACAAAGCUCAGAGGAUGAAGACAGUUUUAGUGAUAAAAGUGAUGCAGAUUUUGAAGCAGCACUUGAAGAAGCACAGAAUAUGACACCACCACCAAAAAGUGAAACACGAAAGAAAAGUAAGAACAAGAAACCAAAGAAAAAGAAAAAAACAAAGACGACGUCCAGUUUUCCAGGAUCUGAUGCAGAAAAUGAUGGUUAUGAGACUGAUCAUCAAGAUUAUUGUGAAGUAUGUCAGCAAGGAGGGGAAAUAAUAUUAUGUGAUACCUGUCCACGAGCAUAUCAUUUAGUUUGUUUAGAUCCAGAUUUAGAAGAGCCACCUGAAGGAAAAUGGAGUUGUCCUCAUUGUGAAGGGGAAGGUAUUCAGGAACAGGAGGAGGAUGAGCAUAUGGAGUUCUGCCGUGUCUGUAAGGAUGGUGGAGAAUUGCUAUGCUGUGACAGUUGUCCUUCCGCAUACCAUACUCAUUGUCUCAAUCCUCCAUUAAAAAACAUUCCGGAUGGUGAAUGGCACUGCCCUCGCUGUUCGGUGGAACCGUUAAAAGGAAAGGUUGCAAAAGUGUUGACUUGGAGAUGGGCUGAAAUUCCAAAAUCUGACGACGAAAUUACCAAGAAAGAUGAUGGGAAUAAAGACGAUCUGACUGGAGUUCAACCGUCGACAAGUAAAAAAAUACAACCGAAACCUCAGAGAGAGUUUUUCGUAAAAUGGCAAGAUAUGUCAUAUUGGCAUUGUUCUUGGGUUUUAGAAUUGCAGAAUAUUCCUGCAAAAAGUGAAUUUAUUGUCAGAGUGGAUUUAACUCCCCUUCAAAAGAAAUAUUAUAAAUUUAUUCUGACAAGAAAUUUUGAAGCAUUAAAUGCUAAGGGUGGAGGACAUCAAGUUUCUUUGUUAAAUAUAAUGAUGGAUUUAAAGAAAUGUUGCAAUCAUCCCUAUUUAUUUCCUGGAGCUGCACAGUAUAGAACAUUAAAAGAUGGACGAACAAUGUAUCUAGUUAAAUGGAGAGAUUUACCAUAUGACCAAGCAUCGUGGGAAUUUGGUGAUAAUUCAGGGGAGUUUGAAAUUCCAGAUCUGCAGAAAGCUAUUAACUUCUAUUGGGACCUAAGAAAUGCAGCAGAAUUUGGCAUUGGCAAGAAACCAACUUCUGGUAAGACCAAAGGUAAUAAAGGGAAAAAGUCAAAAGAAAAGGAUAUAAAGGAUGAUGAUAAGGAUGGAAAACGCAUGACUCCACCUCCAGAGAAACCUACUGUUGAUCCAAAAAAGAAAUAUGACAAACAACCUCCAUUUAUUGAUGUUACUGGAAAUGAAUUGCACCCAUAUCAAUUGGAAGGUGUUAAUUGGUUAAGAUUUUCUUGGGCAAAUACCACUGAUACCAUUUUGGCAGAUGAAAUGGGACUUGGUAAAACCAUCCAGACUAUUGUCUUCCUUUAUUCAUUGUACAAAGAGGGUCAUUGUCGUGGCCCAUUUCUUGUCAGUGCACCAUUAUCCACAAUUAUUAAUUGGGAAAGAGAAUUUGAAGCUUGGGCUCCUGACUUUUAUAUUGUAACUUAUGUAGGAGAUAAAGAUAGUAGAGCAGUUAUUAGAGAACACGAAUUAUCAUUUGAAGAAGGUGCAGUAAGAAGUGGAAAUAAAGCUUCAAAAAUAAGGAAAGACUGUCCUGUAAAAUUCCAUGUUUUAUUGACAUCAUAUGAAUUAGUAUGUAUAGAUGCUGCAACAUUAGGUUCUGUGGAAUGGCAAGUUUUAGUAGUUGAUGAAGCCCAUAGAUUAAAAAACAAUCAAUCCAAGUUCUUUCGGAUACUUAAUUCGUAUAAAAUAAAUUAUAAGCUUUUAUUAACUGGAACACCUCUUCAAAAUAAUCUUGAAGAAUUGUUUCACUUAUUGAACUUUCUAAAUUCGGGCAGAUUCAAUGAUCUCCAGGGCUUCUUAAAUGAAUUUGCAGAUUUAACAAAAGAAGAACAAGUAAAAAAAUUACACGAUUUGCUGGGACCACAUUUAUUGCGUCGUUUAAAAGCGGAUGUUCUAAAGAAUAUUCCUGCAAAAAGUGAAUUUAUUGUCAGAGUGGAUUUAACUCCCCUUCAAAAGAAAUAUUAUAAAUUUAUUCUGACAAGAAAUUUUGAAGCAUUAAAUGCUAAGGGUGGAGGACAUCAAGUUUCUUUGUUAAAUAUAAUGAUGGAUUUAAAGAAAUGUUGCAAUCAUCCCUAUUUAUUUCCUGGAGCUGCACAGGAAGCUCCGAAAUUACCAAAUGGAGCAUAUGAAGGGAGUGCACUAACUAAAGCAUGCGGGAAACUAUUACUCCUACAAAGUAUGCUAAGGAAGUUACACUCGGGUGGUCAUAGAGUGCUUAUCUUUUCGCAGAUGACUAAAAUGUUGGAUAUCUUAGAGGACUUCUUAGAACACGAACUAUACAAAUAUGAAAGAAUAGAUGGAGGUGUUACAGGCACUCAACGACAAGAGGCAAUUGAUAGAUUUAAUGCACCUGGAGCACAGCAAUUUUGUUUUUUACUUUCAACCAGAGCAGGUGGUUUAGGAAUUAAUUUAGCAACUGCUGACACAGUUGUAAUUUAUGAUUCUGAUUGGAAUCCACACAACGAUAUUCAGGCAUUUAGUCGUGCUCAUAGAAUAGGUCAAGCAAAUAAGGUUAUGAUAUAUCGGUUUGUGACAAGGGCAUCUGUAGAAGAACGUAUUACACAGGUGGCUAAAAAGAAAAUGAUGUUGACUCAUUUAGUAGUACGACCUGGACUAGGAAGCAGAGCAAACACAAUGUCUAAACAAGAAUUAGACGAUAUAUUAAGGUUCGGUACCGAACAAUUAUUUAAAGAUGAUGACGGCAAAGAGGAUCUUAUUCAUUACGACGAAAAAGCCAUUGAUGGAUUAUUAGAUCGUACAAAAGAGGGAAUUGAACAGAAAGAAUUGUGGGCAAACGAAUACUUAAGUUCUUUCAAAGUUGCUGCUUAUGUAACAAAGGAAGCAGAAGAAAAAGAACCAGAGACUGAAAUUUUAAAACAAGAAGUUGAAUCGGCAGAUCCUGCAUAUUGGGAAAAGCUUCUUAGGCAUCACUAUGAACAGCAGCAAGAAGAUAUGGCUCGUUCUCUCGGUAAAGGAAAGAGAGUUCGUAAACAAGUUAAUUAUAAUGAUGCGAUGGGACCGCAGGACGAUUCGACGUGGCAAGAUAACUUAUCUGAUUAUAAUUCAGAAUUUUCUGUACCAUCGGGUAGGUUUUCAUUAAAAUGGCUGGUUAGAGACUUGCGAGGAAAGUCUGAAAAGAAUUUCAAAGCUUACGUUUCUUUAUUUAUGCGCCAUUUGUGCGAGCCGGGAGCAGAUAAUUCCGAAACAUUUGCUGACGGUGUUCCUAGAGAAGGUUUAUCUCGUCAACAUGUACUUACUCGUAUAGGUGUGAUGUCUCUUAUUAGGAAAAAGGUCCAAGAAUUUGAGCACAUAAAUGGACUUUGGAGUAUGCCAGCAGAAGAUCUACAAUCAAGAAGUGGUGGUGAUGGAAAUCAAGUAAUUUCCCCAAUGAUUCCUGGGUUAGGUCAGACAAUUUCGACACCAAAUGAUAGUAAAGCAUCGACUCCUGCAUCUACUCCCGCACCUACUCCCGCUCCCAUAACUGAAGAAGGUGGAAAAGAUGAAGAAGAUAAAUCUAUAAAAAUGGAAGAAAAUGUAAACGAAACAAAAGAAAUUAAUUCAGAAACUGAAGGAGAAAAGAGAGAGACUAAACUUGAAGAGGAGGAUUCAGAAGAGAAAGAUGAAACAAUGGAAAUGGAAGAACAACAAGAAAAAGAUGAUCAAAAGAAUGACGCAGAAGAGAGUGAAAAAGAAAAAGAAAUAAUUGAAAUCAAGAAAGAACCGUCAGAUAAAGACAAAGAAGAGAAAGACGACGAUAAGACCAAAGAUAUCGAAACCAAAGAUCAGUCGCAGUUAGAUCAAUUAGAUCAGCAACAUAAUAAGCCAAAACGCAAAUUUAUGUUUAACAUUGCAGAUGGCGGAUUUACAGAAUUGCACACGCUAUGGCAAAACGAAGAGAGGGCGGCAGUUCCCGGAAGAGAAUACGAAAUUUGGCACAGAAGACACGAUUACUGGUUGCUCGCCGGAAUCGUGAAACACGGUUACGGUCGUUGGCAAGACAUACAGAACGAUCCAGUGUUUGCCAUCAUCAAUGAGCCGUUUAAAAUGGAUGUGGGAAAAGGAAAUUUCUUAGAAAUCAAAAAUAAAUUCCUUGCAAGAAGAUUUAAGUUACUGGAACAAGCAUUAGUCAUCGAAGAACAAUUACGGAGAGCUGCUUAUUUAAAUCUUGCCCAAGACCCCAGUCAUCCAGCAAUGGCCUUAAAUGCAAGAUUUGCAGAAUUAGAAUGUUUGGCUGAAUCUCAUCAACAUCUAUCAAAAGAGUCACUAGCUGGAAAUAAACCAGCUAAUGCUGUAUUACAUAAAGUUCUGAAUCAAUUAGAAGAACUUCUGAGUGAUAUGAAAUCAGAUGUCAGCAGGUUACCCGCCACCCUUGCCCGAAUACCGCCCGUGGCGCAACGUCUCCAGAUGUCCGAACGCGGGAUACUGUCACGUCUCACGGGGCAGCCUCAACCAGGCUUUCCCACUUCGGCACCCCCACCCUUUGCAGGAACCACAUACACCCCUUACAGGGGCCAGUUUUCAGUACCCCAGCCCCUCCUGCCACAGACUGCCUUUCCUGGAGAUGAUGAACUAACGGCAGCAGGAGGACCAGGCCCAAUGGAUGUGCUGCAAACGAGCUGUGCCAUCCCAAUCUCUCCUCGAAAUACACCCGUUUGGACAGCAACUUGGGACACAACCAGUAGACACGCAGCCUCGCAUCAUUAAAACCCUUGGAAACGUGGCCGAGGACUCGUCUCUGAAAUCAUCUAAAGCCAAAAACACAAGUUACUAAUUCAGAUGUGAUCUGUAUCGCCGAACUAACUUAUUUAUUACUGUCUUCUGAUCCGAAAACAAAACGGUGAUACCAACGUGUCGACUCUGCUGCACGAUGGCCACGGUGUGAUAUAGACUCCUAUCGGUUGUCCAUUUUAUUGUUAUAUCUGCAUGUGGAUAUAUUCAACGUUCAUAAAAAGUAAUCACAACUUCAAAUCACCGGGUUUUACCAUACAAAACUGGAGAUACCACGUGAAAGAAUCGAGAAGAUGGACGAGGUCGCUUGCUCAAUAUGCCGAAAUAUUUUGGAGCGUUCUGCUCACGUCUCAAUAAUAGUAAUACUUUAUGUGGUGGCUUGCUUUUUAUUGGUGCUCCGUGUGUUGUCUCUUCUUUUUUCGGAAAUAGUUGGAACGUAUAUAUAUAUAUAUAUAUAUAUACCCAAAGAAGGUGUGUGUGGCAGAGAAUAACGAGUGAACUGUAGAUAAACAGGAGCCCAAGGCUCCGAUGAUGGAAGAGACGGUUUUCAAAUAAGACAGAAAACUGUUUUCAAGGCAUUGUUUAAAACAUAUGCUUUUUGUAUUUGUACACAAAAUUGUGGUUCUCAACUCGGACAGAUCACUUAAUGAUUCACAAAUGACAGUGCCAUGGCUGUAAGUCAAAUCGAUUUUUAAAAAACCCUCGAGGUUGUCAGUAGUAAUGUAUUGGUAAUUUGUGAUGUACAGAAACUUACUUGUGUGUAAACGUGUUUAUGUACUCGUAUCAGAUUUUCAGGCUGUUAAAUGCCAAAAACUCCAAAGAGAUUAGUAUCCCCAAGUGUAGUUCCUAUGAUUUCUUGUACAGUACGUUUGGCAGCAUGUGUCGAUUGAUAGAAGGAAAACCAGUGGGAUCUCAGACUAUGUAGAAGCUACCAACUGUGAUGACGAGACAAAUCAUGGUGCUGGUAUCUGUUUUCGCUAAGUAUUUACGUGUCUCAUAAUUCAUGUGAUAUGCCAAGCAUUCAUCUAGAACAGCAGUUGAUUUCAAAGAACAGUUUCUCACUUUCCAAAAAAUGAUCUGGCCAUUAGAAAUACAAACAUACAAUGUAUUCACUUUUACAGUGUUUUUGAAAGCUUAUUUGCAGAGGAAUCUUUAACGGAACAUUUUACAUCUUCUAUAGAACAUGAUUUGACUAUUUAGUUUCUAAAGCCAUACCGUUAGAUGAAAUUUUCAUAGUUUUUCAUCCAUGUAUUUGCACGUAUGGUAAUCGUGAGUUGUGAAUCUAUUUUUUGAAUUUUCACUUGCACAUUUGUAGCUGUGAUCUAAUAAAACACCAUUCCAAUUUAA